AUGGCCCGGGCCCUCUACUUCUACAUCGAUGUCACUUCGCCCAAGUGUUUCUAUGAGGAGCUUCCCAAGGACACUCUGGUGGUGGGCCACUACACGGCCGAGGAAUGGGACGACCACCGGCAAGCGUGGGCAAAGCACGAUGGCAUCAGCAUCUACAUCUCCGUUGAUGAAAUCUUCGACAACGACCACCGCGUCGUCUCACAACGCGGCGGUGCCUCGGGCAAGUUUACCUUUACGGCCGCCGAGGCAGGCGACCACAAGAUCUGCUUUACUCCGUCGUCCAACAGCGGCCGGUCCAACUGGCUCUCGCUGUCUUCCCCCAACGGCGGCAUCCGCCUGAACCUCGACGUAGCCAUUGGCGAGACCAGCGUCAUCGAGGGGUCCGACAAGGACAAGAUGCAAGAUCUGGCGUCACGCGUGCGCGAUCUGAACGCAAGGUUGAACGACAUCAGGAGAGAACAGGUUUUCCAGCGGGAGCGAGAGGCUGAAUUCCGGGACCAGUCCGAGAGCACCAAUGCCCGUGUCGUCCGGUGGAUUUUGAUCCAGCUCACUGUCCUGGGUGUGACGUGCGCCUGGCAGCUGUCGCAUCUGCGGUCGUUCUUCAUUAAGCAGAAGCUUACAUAG